AUGGACGAAAGGAGCCAUUUCACUCACAUUGUUCCUUCACUGUUUGUCCCUUCCUCUCUGACCAGGAGUGACCUCAAUGAAGACACCCUGGAGACCGAAAAUGCGGCUGCCGCGGCUGCCGCAGCUUUCACCGCCUCUACCCAUCUGAAGGAAGCCCUUUUAGUGAAGAUGGCAGAAGGAGAGGAGUGCCUGGAAGCUGAGGUGGCUUAUCCCAUCACCUGUGGUGACAGCAAGGCAAACCUCAUAUGGCGGAAGUUUGUUUGCCCGGGCAUCAACGUGAAGUGCGUGCAGUAUGACAAUCAUUUGAUCAGUCCUAAGGAAUUUGUGCAUUUGGCUGGCAAGUCCACCCUGAAGGACUGGAAGAGGGCAAUCCGGAUGAAUGGGAUCAUGCUAAGGAAAAUCAUGGAUUCAGGCAAGCUGGAUUUCUACGAGCACACAAAAGUUUGCUCAAAUACCUGCCGCAGCACUAAAAUCGAUUUGACCGGAGCCAGAGUCUCUCUCAGCAGUCAGACUUCAGCAGAGUACACCCCUCUCACUCCAGCCUCUGCAGACGUCAACGGAUCUCCUGCCACCAUCACCAUAGAAACCUGCGAGGAUACCACCGAGUGGACCACGGCUAUAGGAGAUGACGCAUUCACCUUCUGGCGAGGCCUGAGAGACGCUGGGUUGCUGGAGGAAGUGGUGCAGGAAUUCAGCGCGGAAUUCGUGGAAGCCAUGAAGGGCCUGCAGCAAAGAAUCCAGGAACUCCCUUUACAGCUGAAUGAUGCCAUCCUGCUGAACAACACAGUCCAGAACUUUGGCAUGCUGGACCUGGUGAAGAAAGUUUUGGCCAGCCACAAGUGCCAAAUGGACCGUUCCAGGAAGCAGUACACGCGAGACUUAGCAGCCCUGGAGCAGCAGUGUGACGAGCACCGCAAGAGAGCCAAGGAGCUGAAGCACAAAUCCCAGCACCUCAACAACGUGCUGAUGACCUUGACGCCCGUCUCCAUCCCGUCUCCUCUGAAACGCCCCAGGCUGACCCGGGCCACUUCGGGACCGCCAGCCAUCACCUCCCAAGUCCUGACUCAGUCAGCCCAGAUUGCUCUGGCUCCGGGCAUGCCGAUCACCCAGCUGGCCGGUCUGCCCCUCGGCAAAGUGCUCUCCGCCCUCCCGGCGUCUGCUUUUGGAAAGGCCGCCACCCAGGUGACGUCAGCCGGCUCUCCCGCCUCCCAGCUGCUGGGCGGAUACACCAUUUUGGCCUCGGCGGGUUCCGCCUUCCCCAACACGGUGGAAAUCCACCCCGAAGCUUCCAACCUCACCGUCUUGAGCACCGCGGCCAUCCAGGACAGCAGCACGGUGGUCAAGGUGGUCAGCCCUUUCCAGCUGCUCACCCUGCCCGGGUUGGGCACGGCCAUCCAGAAUGUGACGCAGAUGUCUCCCGGGGGCAGCACAAUCCUGGCUUUGCCGUCCAGUGUGGUGGACGGCGCUUCGGCCGCGGAAGAGCACACGACCAUUGAGGUCACCACCGUAGCGGACGAGCCUCAGCAGAAAUGAAACGCGGACCUUGGUCCAUUUUUGGGGUGGGGGUGGGGGAAGAGUGCUCUGGGCUUACGUGCCCAUCCCUCGGAUGAGAAGACGGAGAUGAUGAAGAAGAAGAAGAAGGAGGAAGAGAUCUGGGAAAAGAGAGAGGGAAACGGAUCGGCUGAUGGCGGAAUAAGGAAGUUGAAAACUUAGAAAGACGGAGAGAGAAGACAAAAGGCAAGAACAUCACUGCAGGGGCAGGAAACAGACUCCCUGUUCCUGGGAUCCAUUAAAAGCUAUAAUCUUUGCACACACACACACGCACACAAACACACACCCCAGCUUGUAAGUACUCCCCCAUCUCUAGCCAGCUCUGGGGAAACCGAGGCAGCCGAGACAGGUUUCGAAGAAUGAAACCACCCAAACCAGACAGGCCAAAGGAUUAGGCUGCGAGACUUAAAAUAUUUAAUUAUUUUAAAUAUUUCCAGGCUGGCAGAAGUGGGGUGCGGGGACUGCCCAACACAGGCAUUGCCUGCCUGUUGGCGUAGGGAGAUGAGGGGCUGUUUUGUCUGCCAGAACAGAGGAAAAGGAGAGGGAGGGAGGGGAUCUGGCAUUUGGACAGGGGCGAAAUGGAGAAGGAGCCUUGUGCCAAAGGUGUGUGGGAUAGGGAAUAGCGGCUUAAAAACAGGAAAGGAGGCAGGAGGAACUUCGGUGGUGGGAAGAUUCAUUCCCCAAUUGAAGAGCAUCAAUUCGCCCAGCCUCCUCCCUGUUUGCAACUCAGCCUCUGAGGAGGAAGAUCUGGCCAAAACUGCUGAAGAUGGACCACCUAACGUUGGAUUGUAUUUUUCUCUAAGCGGUUCUGUCCUCCACAGCUGCCGAGCCUUUUCCUCCCCACCUCGGUGCAUCAGCACUUUAGGCUACAAAAAAAGGGUGGAGGUUUUUUUGCCAAAAAACAAGGGUGACCAAUGGGAGCUCCGAAUUGUUCCAGCUGACUUGAGGGACUUGAUCCUUGAGGAUGUGAGAAGCAGCAGCCCUUGGGAGAAGGAUCCUCUGUCGGAAGCUACGAGGGCUCGGAUUCUCGUGGUGUGAGUUUGGGCCUAUGAGAAACGGUGGAAUCCAGUCUCUUGGGUACCAUUAAAAGGUGUUUUUCAAGCUUGCCCUGUUCUUGUGGGUCCUUGUCCUGUUCCUAUGCCGUUGGCACAGAGCUUUGGCAAUCUUAAGCUUACAGAUUCAAGCUCUGGUAGGUUUGUCUUACCCUUUUCCCUUCAAGCCAGCUUGAAACUUGUGGUUU